CGAACCGAUGCGUCUCCUCGCGCUCGUCGCGUGCCUGGCGCUCGUGCGCGUCGGCGUUUCCGCGGAUGGCGACCGGACGGCGGCCGAACCCUUCAACGGCGCCGUCCACUCCGAUCCGGGCGCCGACGUCGUCGACGACGGCAUGACCGAGCCGUCGCACGCCGUUCGAUGGAUGGAUGUCGAGGUCAACGCGGACGCGUUCGUGACGCGCAAGUCCUGGCAGCCGCCGCAGUACCACCUGCAAGACGGGACGUACGUGCGCAUGCGCGGGUGGGUGAGCACGAUACGCGCGGCGGCGGUGGGCGAGGCCGUGUUCCGGCUCCCCGAGGAGGCCAGACCGGGCCGAGGCGAGCCGUGGAGGGUGACGAUGAAGGGCACCGAUCGCGAGAUCCUGCUGGGCGAGGACGGCGUGGCGAGGCUGCUGAGGGACAUCCCCGCGGAUAACUGGCUGCCGCUCGCGGGGUUCGCGUUCAACAGCUGGCGCGCGGGGGGCGCCGACGUCGCGCCGACGGCCGAGCUCGGCACCGGGUCGGUCACCUACGAGGAGGUCGAGGUCCAGCCCCCCAAGGAUGAGCUCUGAUAUCAUACGGGAUAGACAAGACGAUUGACGAUUGAAUCGAGUUUCGCCGC